UCGGUGCGCGUGCGCAGUCCCGCCGCGCCCGGCUGCGCCGUGGAGUCAGGCGUUGCCGGGCAGCCGGCACAGUGAGGUAAAAUGCGGGCAGCCUCGGUGCUGCGCCGUCGCCGCUUGGUUGGUGUCGGUGACACUGGGCGCACCAAGCGGCGAAUAGCCGUCGGUAGCCUCCAACAUGAAAAGGAUUUUUACCCUGACUGGUAUAAAGCGCAAGUGGCUCUUGGGAGCCUCGGUGACAUGUGAAGAUAGUUUAGGGCUUCAGUCCCGGUUCGGAUACCACAUCCGAGAGAAGGAUCUCCGCAGGAUUCACAGAGUGGCCUGUUCUGGCGAUGUGGUCAAAAUGCAGCAGCUGUUCUUCAUGGGAAAAGUCACGGUAGACUCCCGAGACAAGAUGAACAGGACUUCUUUGCAUUUGGCCUGUGCGAGUGGCCAUCCUCAAGUGGUGAAUCUGCUAGUAGAGAGAAAUUGUAUGAUUGAUCCCACGGAUAAAAGAAAUGCAACACCACUGAUAAAGGCCACGCAGUGCCAUGAAGUGGAGUGUGGCUCCAUCUUAUUGAUGCAUGGAGCUGACCCAAACCAUAUGGAUGAUGGAGGUAACACUGCUCUCCACUAUGCUGCAUACAGUGAGAAUUUAGACAUGGCGAAACAACUGCUAAAAUAUGGUGCAGAUAUCGAAGCAAAAAAUAAGGAUGGCUACACACCACUUUUAGUUGCAAUGCAAGAGCAGAGAGAAAAAAUGAUAGAAUUUCUUAUAAUGAAUAAAGCAAACGUUCAUGCCGUUGAUAAUAUGAAUAGGACAACGCUCAUGUUUGCAGCACAAUACAGAUCACCCACUAUCCUUGCCACUCUUCUUCAAAAAGGAGUUGAUGUAUUUUGUAAAGAUAAGUAUGGAUUUACAGCAGAAAAGUAUGCUCGACUUAAAAUAAAUACGAAGAAUCGAAUGAUGAUUUUGGAUUAUAUGGAAAAAAUUAAAGAAAAAUUACUUCAAAAAAAGCUUCUAGGAGAAGAGUGUUCAAAAGAUGAUAUGACCAGGAUUUGCAACAGAACUGUUGGUGAUGAAAUGGAAGACAUACAUUUUUCUUCCAAGAGAUACUCUUUAGCCAAUAUGGCCAGUGACAUUGAUGCUUCUAUGCCACAAGGGUAUGAUGAAGUAACCUAUGUCCAAGAAUUCCAACAAGAAGACAAAUUUGAUAUCAUAGAAGAAGAAAACAUAGAAACAACUUUGAAUUAUGAGACCACUCCUGUAAUAUCUCUAAAGGAAAAUAUUGAUGAAUCCAUGGAUGCAUAUGAAACAGUGAAUGUUAUGAAGGAAGCAGAAGGCACCUAUGAGGAAACAAAAUCAAUACAAGGCUUUGCCAUGAAUCUAUUGUCUGAUGAUGUUCAAAGUAUGACACCUGAAUUAGAACACAUCAGUUCUUUACCACAUUAUGAUACCGUAACAGCAUUUAAGGAAGAACAAGAAAAUUUGGAUAGCAGUGAAAAUUACCAGCCACAGGUGCUUGGGAGUCACCUUCAAAGCCAGACUGAAGAGAUUCCUUUUGUAUCCGAUGCUUCACUGGAGAACUUAACAAAUUAUUGCUAUGUGUUAGAUGAUGAGAUGCAGAAGAUGAGUAAGAAAUCAAAGGAAACUGAAAUCCAAUACCAAAUUGGACAUAAAAAAGUGGUGGCACAAAAUUCUCAAACAUUAGAUGAACGUCUGCAAAGGCUCCAAGCUGCAAACCAUGUUUUGAAAAUUACAAUAGAAAAACAAGCACACAGUGUCAAACAGCUAAGGAAAGAACUAUUGAUUCCAAGUUCUGAAGAUGUUUUAGACUCUGCAAGUAAAAGCAGUGAAAUUCAUAUCAUAGAAAGAGCUCCAGAAAAUCCACCUCUGAUGUAUGAAUUAACUCCUAUUAAUAGAUUCGAUGAUGAUGUAAGUGGAUCAGAAGAUGAGGGAGUAGAAACAGCAGACACUUCUGAGCAGUUUGCUAAAUCUGAACUGGAAGAUAAAAGACAGGACAGCAUAAAAAUAGAAGAAGGAGAAGACCGUGACAAAUUUUCCUUUUUAAAGUUCCGCAUGUCAGAGUAUGCAGCAGAUGCUGCUCAGGAUCAGUCUAUAACAGCAAAGGCCACACAACCACCCAGACAAGAUAGUUACAAGAAAACAGACCCAACACAGGACAUGUCCAAGAAGUUUUAUGAUAGUUAUCAAGCUCUCAAUCAGCAAAGCACGGAAUCUGGAUUACGACGUAGCAGAUGCUAUCCAUCAUUUUGUGUCAAGGGAACAACAUCAAGUAAAAGCAUAGAACAGCUACAGGCACAGGCAUCUUCUCAAACACUUUUAAGGAGUCAGAAGAACUACAGUAAUGAAGAACUAAACGCCGAACUCUCCAAAAUGAAAAAACUCCAUGAAGAUCUGGAUAGAAAAAUACUGGAUAAAUGUAAACAAAUUUAUUUGGCUGAGGAAGAAAUUGGCAAAGCAUGGUCAUCUGAACUGAACAAUACUUAUGAGACUUUAGCAGUGGGAAAAACAGAACACUUUUUAGAGGAACAACAGAAGAGUUACUUGCCCACUACUUUCCCCAUGAAACUUUCACAGUCAUCUAACAUUGGAGAUUCUAGCUACAGCCCACUGCGCAAUGCACCUGUCAGAGCACAAGAGAGCAUGAUGAGUCCUUACCCAAGGCGGCAGUCAUCGUAUCGUAGCACACUGAGCCCUCCAAACAUGCAAUUGCUGGAGAUGGAACCAGACCAUCCAGGCUCCUCUGAAGACACUUAAAGGAAAAGUCAACUCUAAGUCAAGAGCUUGUUUUGCUUUCAAAACAUUACAAGCAUUUGCAAAUAAGAAUUGCCCUUGCUUGACUGUUCAUAUAACAUUUUAAUGAUGCUCAGUUCUAAACGUGAUGUCAAAAUUUCAUUAAACUGUAGUAAAUGAUAAUA